AUGGGACAAAGGAAAAUUGCCUGGGAAGGCAAACGUUUCGGCGGGAUUUACAUCUUCAACCGACCGAGUCUGGUGAUACUGGAUCCCGAUCUGAUACGCACUAUCCUCGUCAAGGAUUUCUGGUCCUUCCAGGACAGGGGGUUCAAGUUCGAUGAUGCUGAUCCUCUGACCAAACACCUUUUCCUGCUGGGUGGCAAUAAGUGGCGAAGGUUGCGCGUGAAGCUGUCCCCAACAUUCACGUCGGGGAAAAUGAAGACGAUGUUCCAGACGAUCUUGGACUGCGGUCGAGAGCUGUCAGACGUGCUGGAGGAGCCUGCCUCCCGAGGGGAGGUGAUGGAGAUGCGCGAGGUGGGGGCCCGCUACACCACCGACAUCAUCGCAUCCGUAGUCUUCGGCAUCGAGGUCAACUGCCAGCGCAACCCAGACGCCGACUUCCGACAGUGGGGACGCAGGAUCUUCGAAAGCAACACGAUGCGGACGAUCUACGAAGUCUUACGCACUAUUAAUCCCGAACUGGUGAAGCUGUUGCGGGUAUUCAGAGGUGAAAGUGAAGUCUCGAAGUACUUCCGCAAGAUGGUGAGCGACACAGUGGCGUACAGGGAGGAGAACAACGUGGUGCGGAACGACUUCAUGCACCUGCUGAUCCAGCUGAAGAACAAGGGCUGCGUGGACAGCGACAAGCAGAGGGAGCGGAGGGAGGGUUCAUGCCUGGAGAAUAUGCUGUUAUCGAUCGACGAUGUCGCUGCCCAGGCGUUUGUGUUCUUCGCCGCGGGAUUCGAGACGUCAUCAACCACUAUGAGCUUCGCCCUGCACGAACUGGCCCACCACCCGGAUGUCCAGACGCGUCUUCAGGAGGAAAUCGAUACGGUUCUCAAACAAAACAAUGGACAAAUAACCUAUGAUGCGGUCAACAGUAUGCAGUACCUUGACAAAGUAGUUGCAGAGACGCUGAGGAAAUAUCCACCAGUUGCGGCACUUAACAGGGAGAGUAAUGUUGACUACAAGAUUCCUGACAGUGAUGUCGUCCUGGACAAAUUAACUCCAAUACUGAUCCCCGUGUACGGCCUGCAACAUGACCCAGAGUACUUCCCGGACCCGGAGCGCUUCGACCCAGAGAGGUUCUCUGAGGAACAAAAGGCGCAGAGGCACCCCUACGUGUACCUGCCGUUUGGAGAGGGGCCCCGCAUCUGCAUAGGAAUGAGAUUCGGGCUACUGCAGACGAAAGUGGGGCUUAUACAUAUACUCUCAAAAUACAACAUCGAACCGUGCGAGAAGACCAUCCGCCAUUUGUCAUUCGAGCCGAGGGCGUUUGUUCUCACGCCGACAGGCGGCAUCCAGUUGAGACUGAGCAAGAGAAACAAAGUGUAG